AUGAAACUUCUCCAAAUCCGCCAUCUCCUCGCUCUCUUCCUUCCCAUCGCCUCCACCUACAAGAUUGAAAGUUGCGACAACAGCCAGCCAGCCGUCGAAUAUGCAAUCACCCUCGCCCAAACAACCAUGAUCCGUCCUCUUCUCGACCUCCAGCGCGGUAUCUCCAGUGAACAUGGCUACACCGCUAUGUACAAAUCUAACGUCUUCAAAUCCUUUCUCCAGAAACUCAUGACUAACAUCCUGCACCUACCCGUCACUCAAGCUGCAGGACGGGAUCAAGAGCCCGUUUUUAUCUGUGCGAAGGCGGGUAUGGGGCAGAAGUACGGUAUCGGAUACGACCCCCUCGAUCGUUGUGGUCAGACUGGAGUAACGAGUUUCUGGGCAGAGGAUACGGUUCUCGUGUUCCUCUGUCCGAGCUUUCCGAACAUGAGAUUCCAGCCGUCCUUUACGCCUGGUGGGCCGCGUGAUAUAUAUUGUCCAGUGGUGCAGAAUAAUGUCUUUCUGGGCCGGUCAGAUCCCUUGGUCAAGUACCAGAAUUAUGAUUUGGUGCAUCAGCUGGCGCAUCUGUACCUGCAGGAUGGGGGCUUGACGGGCCAGACGGAACCGAAGGAGGUGAUGGAUUGGAACAGCUGCGUCGGUCUGGGUUGGACGCCGGUCGAGGGCGGCCUGUCGGUGAAGAAUCCGUUCAAUUCGGUUUACUAUGCUGCUUUCGUCAAUCAAGAAUGCACACAGAUGCCCGACCCGUUCAUUUCUCCGUUCUCGGGGCAGAAUGAUCAAACGGGGCUGCUUUCUGGUGGAAACAUGACCAAUGCUUUGAAUACAAAUGGGACGGAUUUGCGGUUGCAAUCAUAG